AUGGUGACAAUCUUUGCAGGAGUUCCUGGACAGACAAAUUGGAUGCCUGUUCCUCAGGCACCAAUAGGCUGCCCCCCAGGAUUGGAAUACCUGACUGCAGUUGAUCAAUUGCUCAUUCAACAACAGGUUGAGCUUCUGGAAGGUAAUUUGAAGAGAGUGAGAAAUGUUCAUUUCAGUCGCAACUUAUUUUUCAAUGUGCCAUCAUGAAUUGAAAUCAGCAGGCUCCAUAAAAAAGCUGAAACAAAGAGGGCAACUUUGAAUAUUUUAUCAGUAAGAUUGUUUAUUAAGGGUAAAUAUGAAUGUUGUCCUUUCAACAAGCUUUUCCUCAAAAUAUUUGACAAACUCCUCUUACUGUUUGGUUAGCUGGAAAGGACAUAAUAUUGUGAUCCUUGGAUAAAGAUUGCUGAGAUACAGAAUUUGGAGUAUUAGAUGAUCAAGCAAGGGGUGAUGGGAUGAGUUUGCAGAAAUGUUAUUACUCACAUCUGUAAUGGCAUUGUCUGUUUUAGAAGGGAUCUCCUAAUCAGACUCAAUCUUUUACAUGUGAUAUGAUUCUUGGUUCAGUCAAAAUAUUUCUUAAGUAUCAUAAGGGAUUAAGGUGGCUUUAAUCAUAUUUUAUUUAUCAAAUGAUUCGAAAAAUUAACUUCAAAAUGUGGACUGAUCUUGAACAUUAGUUGCAAACAUUUUUCUGUUUGGAUCAAGUUGAUAGCUUUGUGCAAGUGACUUCCAGCUUAGCUCUGGUAGGAUGGUUUCUAUACCUUGAUGGCCAAACCAGUCUUAAUUUAAGCGUUAUACCAUAAUACAUGUUUUUCUUUUUCCUUAUUUUCUCUUAGCUUUCACUGGAUUUGAAACCAACAACAAAUACAAGAUAUGUAAUUCCAUGGGUCAACAAGUAUAUUUUGCUGCUGAAGGUAAUUUUGCUAGUGUUGUUUCUUUCAAUUUACUAUAAUUUUAAAUAAAAUAAACUUUAUACAUUUUUAACACUAGUGGUAUUUUUUCAGACACUGACUGCUGCACUCGACAGUGCUGUGGUCCUGGGCGUCCAUUUGAAAUGAAAGUUUUUGACAACAUGCAAAGAGAAGUGAUACAUCUCUCCCGACCCCUCAGGUGCCAGUGCUGCUGUUGUCCUUGUUGUCUUCAGGAGAUUGAAAUACAGUCCCCACCAGGGACAGUUAUUGGUUAUGUGGAACAGAAGUAAGUGAAUAUGGUAAAACAUCUUCAUUUUCAUUACUGAGCAUAAAAGUUACAAUCUUUCCUAUUCUUUUUACCAACCAAAGGCUUUCGCAAAUACAGAUCCAAGCUGUUUCUGGAAUGUGUGUCACCUAUGAGCUCAUCCAAGGCAUGAGCUUGGACACUUUGAUCAGAGUCCAGUGUGCAAGUAGUGAAAUGAAUAUUAAAAAUAAAUAUUAAGUGGGAAAAAAUUCUCAAAUGGUAAGAAGCAGACAUUCAAACGGGCAGCAUGGUGGAGGGUGUGAACAGGAACCACCAGAUUAUGAGCCUAGCCCCCUUAUCCCCUCGCUACACCCAAACACUCGGCCAUGCUGCAACUUAGCUUCACCCAAGCUACUCAGCCAUUCUUCUUCUGCUACAUUCAAAGUACUUCACCAUUCUCCAGUUCAGCCAUGCCCAAACAACAUGGCCUGGUGCAGUUCAGCCAUACCCAAACAACAUGGCCUGAUGCAGUUCAGCCAUACCCAGACAACAUGGCCUGAUGCAGUGUAGUUGCAUCCAAAUGACCAGGCCAUGUAGUAGUCUUCCUUACUCUAAACACUUUGCCACUCACCCUUUACUUGCAAUUCAUGAUUUGAUUCUGUGACCGUAGGUGGACAUGGUGGAAAGCCAAAUUGGAAAUUCAAGAUGCACAGCGGCAACCUAUCAUGGUAGUCAAUGGGCCGUGCUGCCCUUGCAGUUGUGGAUCGGAUGUUGAAUUCCCUGUGAGUCGAGUACUGCUUAUUCUGCAGCCUAGUGUGAUUAGAUAACGAGAAAGGGAGGGGUGAGAGAGUGAAUAUGUCCAUGCUUCAUGUUUGUAAUGGUUUCUGAAUUGUGUUUAGUUAUGUGUUCUUUUGAAGAGAUAUCUUGUUCCCACAGCUCAAUUCUUUGGAUGGAAGCAGUGAAAUUGGAAUGAUCAGCAAGCAGUGGACUGGACUCGCAAGAGAGAUGUUUACUGAUGCUGAGAACUUUGGAGUGAAAUGUAAGGACAGAACAGAGAUAUUUUCCUUUGAAAAGUCCAUGCAAUGAAGUACCAAGAGAAUAAAAAUAUUUCCGUUAUACACCCAGGGCUUCCUCGUCAGAUCACGGUGAAAUGGCUCGUUUCUGAGAUUACACUUCACGGAAUCUCCCCUAGGCAAAAAUUUUGCAAGGUUCAUAUUAGAAUGCGGGUAAACUUAGUUUCUUAGAUCUUGGUUUUGCUUAGGUAGCCUACGUCGCCCCAUCUCACUGUCGCCCCGUCACGUCGACCCCAAGCUGGUAACUUCGUCGCCUCGUGUUACACGGUUUGAAACAAAAAAUAUUGGAAAUAUUUAUGGGUUAUCUAAAAAACAGAAUGAAGCGUGAACAAAAUGAAAUUCAGAAAAAAUUAUACCCAAGUGUUAAAUGAAGAGGCUAGACCUUUUCUUUCCUAUUUGCUGUGCCUCAGGUUUUUAAUUCAGUUUUUUAUUUCACUCUUUGUUUUUUGUCAGUCCCUUUGGAUCUGGACGUCAAGUACAAAGCCAUACUAAUGGGAGCUACCUUUCUCAUUGUAAGUACAGACAGAGCGCAUGUUACAUUUCUUACAACUGCAAAAGUUCCAUGCCACGUCAGCGAUUUUGUUAACGUCCAUUGAAAGACUGAAAUUUUUCUCACCUACUCAAAUUUUUGAAGCUAGUCGAUGACCAGAGCUACGUUUUGGCGUCUUCUUUGAUCUGCUACUAAACAGACGCACGGAAAAAGGGAUUAUUUUUGUGUUAUAUUGUUGUUAUAAAGAAGCAGAAUUUUGUUAAUGGUGAUGUCAUUUAUGCUUUUUUCCCCCAUUAGAUCAUUUGUAAGAUCAAAUAAAAAUGUGUGUCAUUCAGUAUACUAUUUAACCAUUAAACUCCCAUGAGUGAUCAAGACAGAAUUUCUCCUUACAAUAUCGCUACAACAUCGACCAGAUAAGUGAUGACAAUAAAGAAAAAUAUCAAUUUGGGGAUGAUUAGUUGAUCCAAUACUAAAUUCUCUGAACUAACAUUUUAAGAAUUGUAUGGUUGACAGUGAGGAGAAUGACAAAUUUGAUCUGGGAGUUAAAGGGUUAAUUACCUCCAUGUGAUGAGAAUAUCAGUAACACACUCGGCGCCGCCUUAUGUACCUUUUUUUUGUUCUCACUACGUUUUGUCGUCAUCCGGGAUCUAUCACUGGAAAAACACGUCCUGCAACAUUGCAUCAAUUUGAUUCUAAUGACUUGAUUUAUUUCUUAACUUUUAGGACUUCAUGUUCUUUGAACACAGCAACAACUAAACGAUCGCUGUGAGUUCACGUGCAGCCAGUUUAAAAAGAAGGAAGAUUUUUAAGGGCACCUCUUAUAUGAUCAACGCUACAGUCUUUAAUAUGUAAUAAAUGCACGUAUAUUCUGAUAUAUGUUAUCUGCUUGACACCUUUGUAAGCUUUAAACUCCGGCAAUUCCAAUUAGUAAUCCUUCCUUCACUAGUCACGAACAGUACCUUGUUUAUUAGUGAAGAGAAUUUUGUGUUCAAUCAAGGAACGCCUUGCAACUGAUGAAUUGCCUCUUCUCCCUACCUUUUCGCGGAACAAGGUAUUGAAAUUGGACGGGGAAGUUACAUGUUAGCGAUUUCUUAAAGUAGAAGGGUAAAAUGCCGGUAGGAUUUUUUUAUGCAAGUUAAAUAAUGGAACAAAAUGUUAACGUUGACACUUAAAAUGUAAAAGGUAUAUUGUGCGGAAAUAGCUCAAGGAUUUUGAUCAGAAGAUUCGUAGAUGAUAGAGAACCUGUAUUUCUUGAUGAACUGCGUACACUUGUGUUUUCUCGCUAUAGUUGUAAGUUCAUACACGUUCGUGGGAGAAUACCGCGCGAGUAAAUUACUUUAUACAUAAUUAUUGCACCAUGUAUCAAUAAAAAUGUUGCAGAAAAACCUC